UACAGGUGUGAGGCAGCAGUUCCAUCAGGAUGUUUCCGAACAGACCAACUUUCACCGACUACUACAGAAAACGCGUUUGGUGUUGCAGGAAGGCUGUUGAUUGCUCCUGUUGAUUCGUUCCGACUACGAAGAUAAAACUUUUAAAUGCAACCCGAAGCAGCACCGGAAGCAGUGUAGGACCAUGGGCCCGACACCUUCACGCCCAAGGGAAUCGGAGAAGCCUACUCUGAGGAAAAAUGAACUUCUCGAGCUAUCCCGUAAACUGAGCUUUAGUGACGUCACUGAAGUUCUACAUCGGCUAACAUGUACCAUCCCCCGGGCACGAAUCGACGAUACCCGAGGCAACCCAGACCGGGUCUAUAAACUGCUUCUGGAGUGGCACAAGAGCUGUGGGGCGCCAAGUGAAGCUAGAGCGAAACUUUCCGUUGCUCUUUCACUUUCUGGUAGACAAGACCUGGCCGAUGAACUUGAAUCAAAUGAAAUCUUACAUGUUACCCUAUGUCGACAGAUUCUCGCCUUUAGGUAUGAGAGCCUGUUGGAGGAAGAAAAAUGGAAAGAUGGCUAUUUCAUCAAACCAAGGCUAAAGCAUCUCAGUGAUUCGGGGAUAUCUGAACAACCUGCUUUUGAUCCUUACGAGUGCUUGGCAAUGCCAGGGAAGAGUAUCAUCAUAGAGGGUGAAGUGGGAAUGGGGAAGACGAUGCUUAUGAAAGGCAUUUUGGCCGAGUGGGUAAGGAGGUAUAAGAGAGGAGUGUCUCUGCCUCUCUUAUUCUUUUUGGCCAGCGACGAAAUCAAGGAAGAAGACACACUGCAUAGUGUAAUCUACCGGAAAUAUUUCGGCAGUUGUGAAGGCAUCACAGAAAACGAACUUUCUGAUUACAUGAUUGGGGACCCACAUGGAUGUUUGAUCGCCAUUGAUGCAGUUCCUAAGAUGCGAUCAUUAUUGAAGACUCAAAUUGGAAGGUCUUUCCAAAGCAAUAUGGGAAUAUCAAGCUACGAAUUGUCUUUGAUUAUCACAUCCAGGCCAAGAGAUUCGGCUUAUUUCAGUUCGGAUCUGAAAUUCAAGAUCGACUCCUUAAAUGCCGAAGAAGUAGAGAUGUACGUCCGGAAUACCUAUUCAUCCCCUAAAGAUAAGGAACAUGGAAGCAAACUCGUAGAAUUCCUUCAAAGGAAUCCCAUCGUUUGCAAUGAUCUGUGCUCCAUUCCACUUCUAUGUGAUUCAAUCUCUUUUCGGGAAGCCGAUUUUACCGUUUGUCCGAGAUCUUACAAGAUAGCUUGUCUAACGAGAGUUCUGGUGAAAAGAGGAAGCUGCAUUGAAUUUUUCCACCCGAUCAUUCAAGCCUACUGUGUAGCUGCCUACAUCGUCAAACUCCACCAUCGGGGAACCAGGGAGUUCAACAAAACUCUAUGUGAAUUAGAUAGCUGCGUAUCCUCUUAUCGCAAGUGGGUCUACAGGUUUGUCUCUGGAGAUAGUCACAUCGAAACAGCAAAAGAUGUUAUCAAUCAUCUUGCACGAAAAAGUUCCACUCACAACAUCCUCUGCGAGAGCCUCGCAGAAGUAUAUGAGAAUUACGAUACGCUUCAGGAUGAACAUCCGGUUAUUGUGCCUCCUGAUUUCCACGACAUUACAUGGCCCUCAGGUAUCGUUCUGAAAGAUCCCACCUCACGCACCCUAGGAGGGUUCUAUUCAGUUGCCAAGUAUGCCAAUAACGCCAUAAGCGAAGUCACGAUACACAAAAUGUCCUCGUAUGGUGAUGAGGAAAUUCAGAACCCGCAAGCUUUUCAACAAUUGCAAGAACUUCGACUUAACUUAGGUGCCUUGUUUAUGACAGAAUGUGACCUUCACCGGUGUACUCUCCUCUUCAAGGCGCUGAUUCAAAGGACAUUGCGGGUACUUGAUUUGUCCGGUUCAACAUCAAUAGAAGACCUGAGCGAUGCUCCCGAACAAUUUCUAUCAUGUCUCCCUGACCUCACUACUCUCAGACUUCCAAACAUGGACCAAUAUCCAUGUCUGCUUCUGGCAUCUCUUCCAGAUUGCUGUGCAGGACUUAAGGAAUUGUCGCUGGCAUUUAGGAGAUUUUGCAGCCACUCUGGGAGCUGCAUGGAAUGUAACAGUCGUUUCGAGAAAUUGGAGACCUUGGCGAUUAAGUGCCCUAGCUCCGUGGUACGAUCGCAACUAGCACAUAUCAUAUCAUGCACCAACAUCUUAGGAAGCAUGUCCUUGGCAUGUGAAAGAAUUGACGAGGAUUUUAUUGAGUCUCUUGAAACCUUGAGACACGUACAUAGGGUUCUUGUUGAAGUAAAUUCAAUCGAGCGGGAUACACUAGGUUGCCUCCUCCAAAAGAUCCCGGGUCUCAAACAAUUCAAAUUGGCGUUUGGUGGGAGGCACGAGGCUGAAUUAAUCAAUACAUUCACGGCACUUUCGUCUUCCAGCAAUAUCAGUGAGCUAGAUGUCAGUUACAUUAUUCCGGGUACCCCUUAUUCAGAUCGACCACCACCAAGUCCUGCACUCAUGAGGAAUAUGCACGACCUGAUUGUCAAGCUCCGGAACCUCAGGAUUCUAGCCAUGACGGAUGUACCCCUUGGCAACACGGCAACUCUUGAAAUACUCCAAGAUAUGAGGUCUGAAAAGAUCACUGUAACUGACUUACGACUUAUUCGAUGCAAUACGCAAUCCAGUGGUCCCUUCGAAAUCUGUAGAGAGAUCCGAAGAAAGGGCUGUGACGUAACAAUCGUCCAUGGGACACCCGGUUGCAAGCAUUCGGAGCAGCCAACUGAAUCAAGGGGAGGGCAGUCGGUUAUUGGUGCAGAAGGAAUACAGCUAUCCAGAGAUGCGCGGGAUGACAGGGGUGGACAAGCAACUCGUCCCAAGAGAUCGAAAUCGUGGCGACCGACGAUUCCUUUACAACGGCCGUCAGUUGAAUCUACAGAAGAUAAUGAACUCAUGCCAGAGAUACCGCCUCCGAAGCGGUCUUCCUCGAGACAUCAGUCAAAGGCUGUGGUGUCUCCUGAGGGAUCUUCUUCCGGAGUAGGGGACCCACAGAUGACGUCAGCCGAGGAGCGUUUGCUGAUGGUUUCUCUUCCGGUUCUUUUACCUCACACUCUCAAAAUGAAGCUUUCAGAGCAACUCCAAUCCAAUACCUUCACAGGCAAUGACUGGAGAGCUCUUGCUGAAAAAUUUCACAUCGAUAAGUAUGCAGCUCGCAUGAGUAGACAUCCAAAUCCUCCGGAAGCACUGUUCGACGUUGCUAUGGAGAGAAGAUGUUUUACAUCACUUGAAGAAUUGGCAGAUGUAUUUGAGAGCAUGGAACGGGAGGAUUGCAAACAUGAAGUCAUGAAGUACAUGCAGCAAAUGAACGUCAGUAUACCAAAAAAUUAA